CCACCCAGCUGAGACCUACGAACCUUAGCUUCGUCCCGAACCUCAGUUUUGUUCCACAGUUCGUUGAAAAUUUCGCACUAUUUCGAUCACUUUCUAUCUCUCUCUCUCUCUCUCUCUCUCUCUCCGAGCUCAAAGAUACAUUUUUCUCUCCGAUUCAAACCCUAACGCUUCGCAAUCUGACAGUCUCAGGGGAUCAGUUUCGAGCUUCAAUGGGGGCCUCUCAGCGUCACUAUUUUAUCUCCGAGUUGUUUCUGGAUUGUCAUCAAUAGUCUGGACGUGGAUAACAGGAAUUAUCUUGAUGCCUAUACCAGAUUGAUUGCUGUCAUUAUGUCUCUAAUACAUGAUCUAAUGGCUAUGUCCCUAACAACACCUUACACGGUUAUAUUCAGGAUAAGUUUUGGUGGAGAACAUGGCAGUUGGAGCAACACUAAAUCAUACUGGAACAAGGUAGUUUCUUUCUCCAAAAAAUUUUUGCUGCAAAGUUGUGGCUGGAUUAUCUAUGCCUAGAAACGAAGUUGGAGACAGGGUACACAAUUUCUUCGGGCAAGAGAACUUGUCACAGGGUCAGCAUCAUCCACAGGUUGAUGGGAACUGGCCGGGUCUAAGUAACAACCUGUGGGUCGGGAGUCAGAGACAAAUUGGAGCUCCAGUUAAUUCAAGUUUAAAGAAUUAUAAUGUACAGCAGUCAGUAGCAGAUUCUGAAAGAGGACAUGGGAGUCAGUCUUUGCAUGUGCCUCAUGGUUUGGAUUUUAUUCACUCAAAUCAGAGGCCUGAGUCUGGCAGAAUUCAGUCUCAAAAUCAACAGCCAACUCCUAAUGGCUAUGUGCAUGGGCACCAGAUGUUUCAGACAAGGCAGAAUGAAGCUAACUUUUUGGGAGUGGAUGCAGAAUCUGAUCGGCAAAAUUUAACAUCUAGAGGCUUGUCCAUACUUGAAUCACAGAGAGGAAGUGGCCCUGAGCAUAAAAAAAAUUUAAUGAGAAUGGAAACUUCAGAAUCCCCCGUUGGUUUUGAUUUUUUUGGUGGUCAACAGCAAAUGACUGGUCCACAUCCCAGCAUGAUGCAGUCUUUGCCAAGGCAGCAGUCAGGGAUUAGUGACAUGCAGCAAUUACAGCGACAGGUUAUGCUCACACAAAUUCAAGAAUUUCAAAGGCAGCAACAACUUCAGCAACUAGAAAGGCAACAGGUUCUUGCGAAUCAGGCUUCCUCCAUUACAAGACAGGCUGCUGGAAACCACUCACCAGCUCUAAUCAAUGGUGUUCCGAUCAAUGAGGCAUCUAACAAUCAAUGGCCACCUGAUCUUGUGGCAGGUAACACAAACUGGCUGCAGCGCGGUGCUUCUCCUGUUAUGCAGGGGGCAUCUAGUGGACAUGUAUUGUCCCCUCAACAAGCCCACACAUUACAGUUGAUGGGUUUUGUUCCUCAACAGGCUGAUCAAUCUCUAUAUGGGGUUCCAAUUACUAGCACAAGUGGCUCACCUGGUUCAUAUCCUCAUGUUCAAAUAGACAAGUCGGCAAUGCAGCAGAUGUCGGCACGUAAUAAUUCCUUUCCAGGUAGUCAAUAUGCUGCAUUUUCAGAUCAGGUUAGCAUGCAAGAUGGAUCCCUGGUUUCUAGACAGGAUUUUCAAGGGAGAAGUACGUUUGGGCCUACUGCUGCUGAAGGCUUGAAUAGUGGGUUUAAUUUGGAAAACUUGAAUCAAGUAAAUCCUCAGCAAAGAAAUGAACCCAUGGAGGAAUUCCAAGGGAGGCAACAGCUAGUUGGAUUGUCAGAACCAUCACAAGAGAAAGCAGUCAUACAGGUUGCACCCUCGCAGAAUGUGGCUACACUAGAUCCAACCGAAGAAAAGAUUUUGUUUGGUUCAGAUGACAAUCUAUGGGAGGCCUUUGGCAGGAGCACAAAUGUUGGAAUGGGAGGUCCUAAUGUGUUGGAUGGUACGGACAUUUUUGGAGGACUUCCUUCUGUACAAAGUGGGACUUGGAGUGCUCUUAUGCAAUCUGCAGUAGCAGAAACUUCUAGUGCUGAUAUAGGGCUACAGGAAGAGUGGCCUCUGAGUUUUCGAAAUCAAGAACCUCCAACUGGGAAUCAGCAGCCCUCAAGUGUUGGUGAUACCAGCAAACAACAGUCUGGUUGGGCUAGUAACAACUUGCACUCUUCCUCUGACUUGAAUUAUAGGCCUUUCCCACACUCUGCUGAUGUCCAUAGGCCCAAUACAAGUAGUACUUUUUCUAGUGUGCAGGGAUUUCAGCAAUCAGGGCCUAAAACUUUGCAUGAACGAGGUGAGGUCUUUCGGAAUGAUUCUUCUCAGAGAUUUAUUCAACAGAAUCCUGAACAAGGAAGUAAAUGGUUGGAUCGCAGUCCUGUACAAAAUUUAUCUGCAGAAGGUAGUCAUAAUUAUGGAAAUACUAGUCAUUCAUCAGGUGCAGAAAUAAAUGCAAAUAGCAUUUCGGGUUCUUGGAACCGUCAACAAAGCAUUUCAUCACAUAGUAGUGAUGGCCAGCCUUUCAAUAUGUUAAAUGGUUGGACCUUUAGUGAGUCUAUGUCGACAGAUGGGGGUAAUAAUCUGAAAAGUCAUGGGAAUCAAGUUUUAUCACAAUCAGCUCCAGGUGGUGAUCGCAAGAGAGACAUGCAUGAGGAAAUGAACCAUGCUGCUGGUACAUGGAAGACUGAUUCAAAUGCUGAACUGGAACAAGAAAAAUAUCCCAUUGGAAGCCCACAGAGGAAUAGAGAGGGUUCAGGCACAAACAAUGUUGCGAAAUCAAAUUCCAGCACCGCAAGAGCCAACCAAGAAAGCCAGAAACAGCUUGCAAACAAUCAUGAUUUCUGGAAAACUGUUGAUUCUUCAGUGAACUCUAAAGGAAAUGAGGUUCUGGGGAAAAAUCAGCAUCAUCUGGAUAAGAAUCCUCUAAUUUUGGAGUCAUCAGGGAACCAUUGCUUAGACAAGGGAGCAGUUGAAAUGCAUGAUAUGGAGAACUUGAAUAGAAAUGACACUUUUUUCUCUAAUGCACACCAUCAAGCUUCAGUUGGUGGUUUGAAGGAAAGUGUUGCCGCAGAUGCUGGCGAUUCCCCUGUGUUUCCUGGAAGCAAACAAAAGUCGUCUAGUACUGCUGGUCGAAGACCCCCCGGAACUCGUAAGUUUCAGUAUCAUCCAAUGGGAGAUGUGGAUGUUGAAGUGGAGCCUUCUUAUGGAAGAAAACAUGUGACACAGUCGCAGGCUAUGUCCCAGAAGGUCCCUCGAGCUUUUAGAAGUCCUGACCAGGGGAGUUUUGGGCAGUCAAAAUUUAUUGGUCACACUGAUAGAAGUUCUAUGGAAAUGGAGAAGGCUGACACAAAACGUUUGGAUGAGAAACCUUCAAAACAUAUGCUUCCAGGUUUUGUGCCCAGUACGUCUACUCCCUUUGACAGAUUCACGGGUAAUAAUCCCCCAAACAAAGCUGCGCAAUCAAGUCAACAUAUGCUCGAACUUCUUCACAAGGUGGACCAACCAAGGGAGGGUGGCAAUGCUACACACUUCAGCUCCUCUGAUCACAAUACAUCAUCUGAGAUGCCCGAAGUGGAAACUUCUGAUGGAUCUGUAGAUCACCUUCAUCGAAAUCAGUCAUCUGUUUCUCAAGGUUUUGGUUUACAGCUGGCUCCUCCAUCUCAGCGGAUUCCAUUUGCAGACCAUGCCUCGUCUUCUCAGAUCUCCUCACAAGCAGUUUUCAAUUCGUCUCCUGUCCAUUCUGAGAUAGGAGAAAAGGGUCAUACAUGGUUGGGCUCAGCAGCAUCUGUCCAGUCAUUGCCUUCUUCUCGUGAAGCAUCUCAAGGAGAAUUUAGAAAUAAUAUCUCUGGUUCCUCAGGACAGAUAGGGAAUAAGGCUUCACCAUACAAUGUUCAGGGAAAUUUUUCUGCUUCUUUUAAUUCUGGUUUUCCUCUUUCAAGAAGUCAACUUGAAAAUCAGCACAUGGCUGGCUCUAGCGGACAAGUAACGGCAAGUCAGUCUGUUAACAUACCUUUUGAUAGGCUUGCUUUCCGACCAAAACAGAUGGAUGAUUCUUGUGAGAAGGCUCAAACCAGUCAAUCUGCCCUGCCACCAGUGCCAGAUAUGCCUGGAAGUACUUCACAGAAUAACCAUGCCUCUGCAGAGGCAUCCCAUCUGAAUAUUGCUGACCAAUCCCAUUCAAGAGUUGUUGCCCCAAAAAUCCCGAAAUCAGAUGCUGUGCCGGUCUCUGAGCCUUGUGUUACAUCUGGUAUGCCCCAUCAAGGUGCUUUUUCUAAAGAUUUGACUAACGUAUGGACCAGUGUUCCAUUUCAGCAACCUUUAGUAAGUGCUGAACCUUCCAAUGUUGCUUCACAUUUAUUCAAAUCCCAACUUCAAACAAAUAACAAUGUGGUAACAACUUUCCCUGGAUCACCAAAGCUCAAUGAGCAAGAUACUCGAGAAAGAGGGAAUGGCAUGUCUGCCUUUGGUGCAUAUUCUUCUAGCAUGCAAAGCAUUGCUGUGAAAGAGCAACCACCCAAACAAAGUACUGGGCAACAAGUAUCAACUGAGAACAUUCAGGGUGCGCAAAAGAUCAAUUUGUCACAGGGAAAAGAAUCCUUUACAAAUAAUUUUUUUGAGGCAUCUGUUUCAAGCUCUGUUGCUACUCAGAGAGAUAUUGAAGCUUUUGGCCGCUCUUUAAGGCCAAAUAACAGCUUGCAUCAAAGUUAUUCCUUGCAGGACCAAGUGCAGGCUAUGAAAAGUACAGAGGUUGAUGGAAAUGAUCGGAGUGUGAAGAGAUUGAAAGGUCCAGAUUCUGGUGUGGAGACUCAGCAGGUGGAUGCCCAGGGAGGAUCACAAUUAUCUUAUGGAUAUAAUAAUGUGGAAAGGAAUUCAUCAGCUGAUAACAUGUCAGUUCCCUCUGGAGAUUCUAACAUGCUUAGCUUUUCAUCCAAGCUUGGGGAUACUCGAAAUUCAAAUGCAUCUUGUCAGGAUACGUUCACUUUUAGUCGGAAAGAUUCUCAGAAUUUCUCUAGUAGUAGUAAUGCAUCGUUUUUUAGAGGUGAACAGUCUCACGUUAGCCCCCAGAUGGCGCCAUCCUGGUUUGAUCAAUAUGGAACCUUUAAAAAUGGGCAAAUAUUUCCAAUGCAUGAUACACUGAGGACCACUAUGAAGUCUCUGGAAAAACAUUCUGUUACUGGAAAGCCAGGUGAUGAUACGCACACUCGGGAAUCAAUGGAGCAAGCUAGUGCCACUUCUGAUGCUAGUAAGCUUGUUACCAUCCCGCAGAGUUCAGUUCCUGUACCUAUUCCCAGUGAGCAAUUACCUUCCCCUCCUGCUGCGCGUUCUGAUGUAACUGAUGAAAGUUUAAUUGUUGCAAGACCAAAGAAGCGCAAAAGUGCUACAUCUGACCUUUCACCUUGGCAUAAAGAGCUGACGAAGCUUUCCCAAAGGCUUCUGAAUAUCAGUGCAGCGGAAACAGACUGGGCUCAAUCAACAAACCGACUGGUUGAGAAGGUCGAAGAUGAAACUGAAAUAAUUGAAGAUAGACUGCCAAUGCUUAGGCCCAAAAGAAGGCUAGUCUUGACAACACAGCUUAUGCAGCAACUGCUUCGCCCUCCUUCUGCAGCAGUUCUUUUUGCAGAUGCUAGCUUAUGCUAUGAGAGUGUGGCUUACUUUGUGUCCAGAUUAGCACUAGGCGAUGCUUGCAGUGCAAUCUCCUGCUCUGGCAGUGGUUCUCAAACUCCAUUGCCUCCUGACAGUGUUGACCUUUUGCCCGAGAAGCCUAAAACACCUGAGAAAAUUGGUCAUCAAUACUUCUCAAAAGUUGCAGAAGACUUUGUUGAUAAAGCAAGGAAGCUAGAAAAUGAUUUGUUGAGACUGGACAAAAGAACUUCAAUCUUAGACUUGAGAGUGGAAAGCCAGGAUCUGGAGAAGUUUUCUGUCAUCAAUCGUUUUGCUAAGUUCCACGGGCGAGCACAAGGUGAUGCGGCUGAGGCCUCACCAUCCUCUGAUGCUCUUACAAAUGCUCAAAAAACCUGCCCCCAGAGAUAUGUUACUGCACUUCCAGUGCCUAGAAAUCUGCCAGACAGGGUACAAUGUCUUUCACUUUGAUCAUUAAUUGAUUCUUUUUCCCUCUCUCGGCCAUUUGCCUCCACAUUCCUUUUGAUUGGCUGGUUCAUUAUCUUUCACCCUAUCUAAUGGGACAUGCUUCAGAACAGCAGUUUCACAAAUGGGAAUAUAGGAGAAGAAUGAAUUCUAGAUUGUCUCCUUCAUAAGCAACGGAGACUUUUAGUUCUUUGCGCUAUGGACCAUUGAUGUCAAUUUUGAAAAAUAUAAGGUGGUCUAUGUAUACUGUGAAAGUCUAGAAAGGAACUGCGAUGCCCCAUCAUUUUUUAGCUAAAGGGGGAGGAUAGAAGCGCAGUCCCAUUACUCAAAAUUGUACACACUUCUGUAAUUCAAGUAAUCAUGUGUUCUUGUUCACAAUCCUAAGCAUGGGAAAUUCAUCGAUUGAGGUUUUACCUUGAUUUUGGACCAACUAAGAAUUAUGAGAAGAGGGACUCUAUGGUCUUAAGUUC